AGAGCCACCACCAUUGUGUCCUUGAGCAAGGCACUUAACUCCAGGUUGCUCCAGGGGGAUUGUCCCUAUAAUAAGUGCACUGUAAGUUGCUUUGGAUAAAAAGUAUCUGCCAAAUGCGUAAAUGUAAAUACAGGGGCCUUAAGCCCACCGGUUCAGUUUAGUUCCAGCUGCCUAAGUGGAUACAUAUCUGCAUUUUUCUGAGAUGGCAUCAAGAGGCUGCAAGCAUCUGGCAGACGCAUUUUGCUAUGUCUGCAGCCAGUUUAUCAAGACUCUGUGGAAGCAUCUGCUAAGAUGUGUGAGGCCUACAUGGCAUAUUUCGGCAUGCCUGUCAGGGAUCAAGACAAACCCUGGGCACCUCAUUUCACCUGCGAGCACUGCAAAAAAAACUCUGGAAGGAUGGUACAGAGGGGAAAAGAGAGCCAUGAAGUUCGCUAUCCCAAGAAUUUUGCGGGAACCCACUGACCCCUCAAGCAACUGCUACUUCUGCGUGGUGGACCCUUCCAAACAUCGGACUGGCAAGAAUGCACCUGCUAUCACGUAUCCGGACCUUCCUUCAUCCAUCGCCCCGGUGCCACACUGCCAUGAGCUCCCCGUACCCACUCCUCCGGAGAGAGAGCAGUCGUCUUUAGAAGAGAGCAGCAAGUCAGAGAGCGAGGAAGAUUUUGUAGAUCCAGAUGACAAUUUCAGAGGUGGAGCUGAGGAGAGAAACCCAUACUACCCCAACCAAAAAGACCUCAACGACUUGAUUAGAGAUCUUGGUCUCACCAAGUCCAGUGCCGAGCUUUUGACGUCUAGGCUCAAGUAGUGGAACUUGUUGGAUGAGAGUGUGCAAGUCGCAGAUCAGAGGAAGCCUCACCAACCUUUUUCCGGCUUCUUCACCCGUCAAGAUGGGCUCUGCUUCUGCCACAAAGUGACCAGUCUGUUUGAGGCAAUCGGAAUCGCCUGUAACCAGAAUGAGUGGCGCCUCUUCAUUGACAGCUCAUCCAGGAGCCUCAAAGCUGUGCUGGUCCAUAAUGGUAACAAGUACCCGUCUCUUCCCUGGCUCACUCGGUGCACCUCAAAGAGGAUUACAACUGCAUCAAGACCUUGCUGGACGCCUUGAAAUAUGAUGAGUACAUUUGGUGGCUGAUUCGUUUAAGUUAACGAAACAACUUAAACUCAAUGCACACGAUAAGACAGAACGCGCAUGAUACCGUCCUUGGGCCAUUGGGUGGCCUCCCCCUUACAAACAGAAUCCACAUAUGAGCAUAAAAAGAGGUUUUUAACCACAUAAGAUAUUUAGGCUUAAUGUAUUUUUUUCAGUGAAGUGUAUUUUCUUUAUUUAUUUGUUUAUAGUCAAAAGUAGUGAAAAAAUCUGCCAGUGCUGAAGAAGUAAUCCAAAGUAUUUAGAUUACAUUACUGACCUUGAGUAAUCCAACGGAAUAUGUUACAAAUGACAUUUUACAGCAUGUAUUCUGUAAUCUGUAGCGGAAUACUUUUUAAAAGUAACCUUCUCAACCCUGUUGUUUCAUCUGUCAUGUCUGUUUGUGAUGUGUGUGUGUGUGUGUGUCUGUCUGUGUGUGACUGUAUGUGUGUGUGUCCCAAUGAGACACAAAAUGUGUGUGAGAGAGUUUGGGAAAGAGGCUAAAUGUAAGUGAAGUGUUUAUAAGAAAAAAAUCUAAUUCAUAGAUGUACAAAAAAUAUCUACAUAAUAUCAUGUGUAAAGCCACGUUUGAUGCCUGGGUCAAAAUUGACCCGCGGAUGCAAAAGAGGUAACAGGUUUUUUUUAAAUGGUUAUACCUCUUAAACUGUUUUAUUAAAAAAAUAAAGAAUUUAUUACAUGUAUUUUGAUAGUCUUGACAGUCACAAUGUUUGGUUCCCGUACUAAAAUUAUUAUAUACCGGGUCAAAAAUGACCCGAACGCAAUAGGAGGGUUACUCCAUUAAUAUUCAGUAUAUAUAAUAUAAUAAAGUUUACAUCAAUAUAAUAUUGAUGUAAACUAAUCAAGAAUGUAUGCAUUUCUAAUUGUUUUCAAUACCGGUCAAAAAUGACCCGAAGGACAAAAGGAGGGUGCCGUUACUUAAGACAAUAGGAGGGUUAAAUAUGUUAGCUAAUUUGAUAAUACCUUCAGCAGCCAUUAAGACUGAAGUAGGGUAGGAGUUAGCAGUUUAACCAUGUUUAAAUACAUUCUGCAAAAUUGUGUAGAUUUUCCAGCAAAAUCAGCACAGAAGAUGCCAAAAAGGACAGAUUGUGUGUGUGGGCCGAGAUUGAUCUAAACACUAUGAUUCAUCAUUGCAUUCAUGCGCACAACGGACAUGUUUGUGAUUCGUUGUGAAUGCUCAAUGUUGCAAACUGGAAUUGACACUUUUCAUGAUUAGUUCAUUGCGGCAGCCGUAAAUGUAAUCUCAAUAAUUUUCUUUUGAUUAAUUGUGCAGCCCUAUUUCUUUUGUGAAUAUAAAUGUUCUUGUAAAGCUCAGCUCUAAAAUACGUUACAAUUGUU